AUGCGUUGCUGUGUUCCUAAUUGUAAGAACGAUUCUAGGCAUUUAUCAAAGUCCCAAGGGAUCACAUUUCACGUCUUCCCCUCAGAGCAGUCACUACGCUCCUCUUGGUUGAAAGCAGUAGGCAAAGAAUCGUGGGAGCCCAGAGAGAGAAGUGCAGUUUGCUCUCAGCAUUUUCUGUGUGAUGAUUUGUAUGAAACUAAAAACGGGUUGAGGAAGGUUAGAACUGGUGCAGUGCCUAUAGUGUUACUGGAUAACUGUGGAGAAGAUGUAACAAGUUUAAAGGUGUGCAGAAUCUGUCUGGCCAUGGACCGGAAGCUGUUCCCCAUCCGGAAAUACAAACUGGAGCGCGCGUUCGAGCAUUUAACUGGUUUAACAUAUUGCGAAGACGACAGUCUCCCGCAGAGGCUGUGUGCAGAAUGUGCUCAGAGACUGAUCAUGUGCUACCGCUUCAGGAACAAGAGUUUAAGGGCGCACGCUCUUAUGAUGGAAAUCAUAGGGAAGCAGAAUAUGAUUACUUAUCAAAGCAUCCAAACAAUAAAUAGAGAAAAUAACCUCCUUGCUUCGAAUCUAUCAAUAAAAUGUUACAAUCCAGACCACUGUGAUCUCUACAUAGAGCACACGGAUCCAACGGAAACACAAACAGACGCGAAAGGGGAACUCCCGCAAAUACAAGAUGUCUGCACGUUAGAUACAGAAAUAAAAAAUGAGACAAAUAAUGAAAUAUAUAUUAACGAAGCUGAUGAAGUAGCUGAAGAUAUUAAAGAGGAAGUAGUACAUGAUGAUAUCAACAGAGAUUAUUCUACAGACGAUAGCCUACCUCUAGAGAAGAGGAGGACGAAGAAGAAGAAAACAAAGAAGGAAACGGUGAAGAAAGUGAGGAAGAAAAAGGCUAAGGAUCCAGCGGAACCGAAGAUCGACAGGAGAAGGAAACCAUUCCUGAACGAUGAUCUCAAUGAAACGCUUUUCACAAUAACUGAUCUGUCCCACGAGGAGCAAGUGGCAGAGAUCCUGAAGAGGCAGGAUUCCUCCAAUUAUAAGAAUUCGGUCUUCAAGUGCACGGCUUGCUUCAAGGGGUUCUUGGAUGAGGACGCUUACAAUUGCCACAUGACUAGGCAUACUGACCAAUGUGGUGAAUAUGAGUGCGAGAUAUGCAAGACGCAUUUCAAACAUCCCCACGCGUUAAGGAAACACAUAACGGCUCACCAUACCCAACGGUUCAGCUGCAAUCAGUGCCCCUAUGUGACCACACAUCGUCAGACGGCGAGACUGCACGAGAGAUGGCACAAAGGCACCAAGUACCAAUGUCCGCAUUGUCAGGAUGAGUUCGUUAAAUUCACAACAUACAUGGGCCACAUCCGCAUAAAGCACCCGUCGGACUUCGUGUGCGAGUUGUGCGGGUAUUCCUUUGUAAGCGAGAAAGGGAUAGAGCUACAUAAGAAGCUGAAGCAUCGGCUCGAGAGUGACAAGGUUCCGGAGGAUGGACCGUUGUGUGAUCUGUGCAACGUGAGGUUUGUCUCGCAGGAGGCAUACAAGCGUCACCUGCACGUUUCCGCGAGGCACAGCACGGGGGAUAAUGAAUCAAAAGAGCCUAACAAACCAAAAAAAGGUAGGAAGCCGAGAGAAGCAAAAGAAAGAGACAUAUCAUCGAGGGAGAAGAGCAGAGAGAGAGAGCCGAGUGAGAAGAGAAAAUUAUAUCCAAGCCAGAUGAGGAAAGCAGAAGGACCAAUACCAUGUGAACAGUGCGGGAUGCAACUGGAGGACUCGAGGGCCUACCAUGGUCACUUCAGGAGGAUGCAUCCGGACAAGAAUCGAACCAACUACCCGUCGAUGAAGUCGCCGUGCAUGUGCGAGCUCUGCGGCCGAAUGUUCCAGGACAUGCAUGGACUUGGCAUUGGUGUUGAAACUCAAUUUUCAGGUAUUGCUUGUGGUGUCUCAUUUUCACAAAUGGGCGUGGUGAGAUCGUAA